AGGUAGUCGUUCUUAAAGAACUGUGGGAUAUGAUUUCCUGUCGGUUGAACUCGAUCCAAAGUUGCUUAAAGUUUUGUUUUGUUUUAUUUUGUCUUAUUUAUUGAUUGGAUGAGGUGAGAGGAUGAGUAGGUUUAACCCUUUUAAGACUAAGACCAAGCGAAGUGAUAAAAACUCGGACAGUGAAUUGCCUGGUAUGUCCAUUGGUUCUCCAAUCAAUGUAAAACAUAAUAUACAUGUGGGCUUUAAGGAUGGAAACUUUGAGGGUAUACCCGAAGUAUGGAAAGACUUGUUGAAAGGAUCUGAAAUCUCGCAAGAAGAUCAAAGACAAAACCCUCAAGCUGUGAUAAAUUCCUUAAAAACCUUCCAGCAUUCUGUUAAAAGAAAAUCCUCCACAGGACAGAAAUUUUUAUUAAUUGCAAAGGAGAUUCGUGAAUCUGAUGAACUUUUAGAUUCUGAUGCAUCAAGUAGAGGUAGUGACAGUCAAAUAGAAGCAUUUGAAAAUAAAACAGAAGAAGAUGGUGAGAAACCUGUAGAAUUAAAUGAAGAACCAGCACCUGAACAAACUGGAAAAUCUUUGGAAGAAAAGAAGGCUGAAGAAAAUAACCACACAAAGGAUAAUCAUACCAAAGCAGACAAUCUUGAUGGAAAACAUGAGGAGGAUAGAGAAGAAAUAGUCCGUCGACCAAAACAAGCAGCUAAAAAGGCCUUAACAGAUGACGAAAUACACAGAGAAUUAAGAAAGUUAUCUUCUCCAGGCAACCCUAAUGAGAAAUAUGAUAUCAAGAAAAAACUUGGAUCAGGAGCCUCAGGAAAUGUAGUUAUGGCAAGUCAUAAGGGAACUGAUGAUGUAGUAGCCAUCAAACAGAUGGAUUUAACUGACCAACCGAAGAAAGAAUUAAUAAUAACUGAAAUAGAAGUCAUGAAGACAUAUCGCCACGAUAAUAUAGUUAAUUUUCUAGACUGUUAUAUGAUUGAUCUGGAAUUAUGGGUUGUCAUGGAAUGCUUAGAUGGUGGUGCCCUUACAGAUGUUGUAACAGAGACUAUCAUGAAGGAAGGACAAAUUGCUGCUGUGUGCCGUGAGUGUCUUAAAGCCUUGGUGUUUUUACAUGAUAAGAAUAUAAUUCACCGCGAUAUCAAAAGUGACAAUGUUUUGUUAGGUAUGGUUGGAGCCGUAAAACUAACUGAUUUUGGUUUUUGCGCACAGUUAAAUGCAGAGAGAAAUAAACGUGAUACAAUGGUUGGAACACCAUAUUGGAUGGCACCUGAGGUGGUCUCAAGGAAACAGUAUGAUAAUAAAGUAGACAUCUGGAGUUUGGGAAUUAUGAUUAUAGAAAUGUUGGAAGGAGAACCACCUUACCUAAAUGAAACUCCAUUAAAGGCUAUUUUCAAAAUUGCAACAAAAGGAAAACCUGAUGUUAAGAAUGAAGGCAAACUCUCUCCUGAGUUGAAGAGUUUCCUCAGUAAUUGUCUUGAAGUUGAACCAGAGAAAAGAUCUUCUGCCUUACAACUGCUCAAGCAUCCAUUUUUAGAAAAAUGUAUGCCUCUUACAACUCUCAAACCUUUGAUAUUGGCUGCUCGAAGAGAACAGGGUCAAUCCUAAAGUAGAUGACUAGAUAUGUCUUUUAAAACUGUCACAAAAUAAGCUAUGCACAUAAAUGUACAUGUAUUUAUAUAGAUAACUUUUUAACAUUAUAACAUUCCAAAAGUUGAGCUGUUAUAGUUUAAAAGUCUCAGGACAUGAAUGUUUAAUAAUUUGUAUAUAUACGAGAAAUAUUAAAGGGACAAAAUACAGAUGAUUUCUUUGGUCAUUUCAAAUUUCAUUACGGUCAGGUUAAGUAGUUUCUGAGAAAUGUAGACAAUGAAAAACCACACUCCACAUGAAAAUUGCAUCAAUGUUAAUCGGUUACUCUAUAUAUGCAAGCAACAAGAUUAAGAAAUAGUGAAGCUUUAUAAGGUCCCCUGUUUUGUCAAUUUCUCAGUUGCUAUGGGUUUGUCACAACUAUUUCUUCUGGUUAUUUGGAAGUUGGUACUAUAAAAUGGUAUUGGUAUUAAAUUCAGGUGGGGAGAACCCAUCAUUAAAGCCCCAGGUAUUAUUAAUAAAAAGAUUUGAUAUCUGUAUAUUACAUUUUUGUUCUUGAUCAUCUUUUAUGUUGUAAUGAUAUAUUUACUGUAUUAAGUUGGUAUUGAUCUAUUUUGUAUAGAAUAAUGGACAUGUCAGGGACACACAGCAAUCUCCUGUUUUAAAAGGCAAAUACUGUCGAACCGUGAUAAUUCGUAAGAAUUGUUCUGAGAUUUAAUGCAGAUGAUAACCUCUGUAUUUUAGAAGAUUUGUCUGGUUUUUUUCAUAUGACACAUUUGUGAAUAUCUUAAUUAAAGAUACAUUAUGUAAGAUUUAGAUAAAGAGCUAGCAAUUCUUGCUAUAAUAGUUCGAAAAUAGAUAAUAUAAAAUGAAUAGUUUGAAAAUUUCAUGAAAAUUACUCUAUUGCGAGCGAAGAUAUUAGCCUUUAACGGUUUGACAGGACAUGUGCAAUAAUUUCUGCCAGCAUACUGGUUGUUCGAAGCCAAACCCUGCUCCUCCAUUUUUAAAUUAAAUUAAAAUAUAGAUGAACCGUUCUAAUCUAUUUAAUAUCGGAGAAAUCCGAUGCCAUUGAGAGUUAUUGUGACCUGGAUCAGUUAUUUACGUCUAAUUAAUAAUUGAGAAAACAUUUCAGGCCUAAAGAAAGACCUGCAAUUAGGCAGAUUUAGCUCUUGCAUAAUCUAUGUUUAGUACAAUGGAUAUGUAAAGUAUGAUAGUUUCCCUAUCAAUCACCAAGUCAGACCUGGAAAAAUAAAUUUUCUUUGCCAGUUCAACAGUUGAAUACCAGAUCUGUUAAAUAUAUACUCUGAAUUUUUGUACUUUAUUUUAGAUAAACAAACACAACUUUUGUAUAAUAUUGCCAAUAUGGCUUCCUGUUAUUUUAGUAGAAAAUAUAAAGUUAUUGUGCAUGUUCAGAGGAUAAUUGUGAAGAUUAUAAAUAUUAAUAAUAUGUGCUCAUCUUACGGCAUCAAAUCAUGGAUUGCAUGAUCAUGAGUCGUUAAGAAUGACAGUUAACAUCUUGUGUGAAUACCAUAAAUGCUUGACAAUUAUGAAGUUAUUGGAUCUAAAGCUUAUUGACCUAACCAAAUCAAAGAAAAAAUUUUUUGCUUGAUAAUAACCACAAGUGUUAAUUUAAUAUUAAAUAGAAAAUAUAUAUUGUAUAGUUUGUAAAUAAUAUUUGUUAUUUUAUAAUAUUUCUUGAGUCUUACUCUUACUGUAUCUGAUAAUCUAAUGUCUCAAUCAGUUUUAAUUAUCAAUUAUUAUUAUUAUCCGACCGAUUUAACAAUAAUAUUUAUGAAUUUAAAGCUAGAAGGACAAAGGUCACUUGAGCUCCCAAUAUUUUACAGUGAUUGAUCAAGAUUGUUUAUCUAAUGUAAUUUAGCUUAUUAAAAAAAAAUUACAUGUAUGACAUAAUGAAUACCAUGACUAUAUAAGUAUAAAAAUAAUUAAUAUAAUAUAUAAUUCAUGGUAUAUAUCUGUCCACUAAAAUAAUGUUAACUGAAGUGUAUGUACAAUCGACUAGUAUAUAGAUACAUUAAUAUUGUCCAGUGGAUUUAAAUUAUGUAAAAUAAUAAUAUGCUUAUCUUGUCAUCUUUGACUCAGAGGCCUUUGAUAUGACCACUUAUUUUUCUGGCUUACAUGGCUGACCUAAGUAUCUUAAAAGUAUAUUGUGAUUCAAACUGUACAGUAUUAUUUAUUGUCAUAAUUACACAUUAAUUUACUGUCUUAAUAAUUUUAUAGUGCUAUUCUGCAUAAUCAUUCGAUUUAUUUGUCUUCACUACACUAAACAUGUUCUAUUUGAUGUCUCGGUUUCACCAAUUUAAUGACCUGUUUAGGCUAGCUUUAUUCAAACUGUGAAUGGAAUUCUGGGUGAUGCCUAUAGAGCAGAAGAGAAAAGGACAGAAUAAUGGUUAAUUAGAAAUAGUCCACUCAAUUCAGAGUUCACCUUUGUGACACCAGACUUGACCUCCAACCCAAACCAGGUAGAUCUUUAUGGGGUUGAGGCAUGGACCCAAGUUUAGAUUAGACUGCAUUGUUCUUUUUCUCUUUGUUUUGUUUAUUGUUUUUCAAAUGAAUUUAUAUAUAGUGUAGAUUUGACCUUUGACUGUCAGCUUUUGAUGGGGACAGUACAUUAUAUAAAUUGUUUUAUUUUCUUAUAUUCUGCAUGGUAAAUUUUUAUUAUUUGGCAUAUUCAAAAUAUAAAGGGUUCCUGGUGAAUCAAUUGUCAAAAUAUUGCUUGGGAUGUUCACAUUUAGGAUUUAAUUUGCUAAUUAUAUAGCCCACUAAAGUUAAUAUUCAUCUGGCUAGCAAAUAUAUUAUUUAAGGGGAUCUGUGCAUCCCGUCCAUUAAAUUUUAUUAGUUAAGAAAUCAAUUAUUAUUGUUAGUAUUUGUACCAGUUUUUGUAAAUAUUAACAUUUUUACGUUUAUAUAGUCAUGAUUUAUGUAUAUAAUGUAAUAAUGUUCAUACCUAUCAUAUCUGGUAUAUUUCUUUAAUUGGUUAAGAAUUUGGGCGUGUUAUUGGGUUUUAUUUGGUUUGUUAAUAAACCUGUAAUCAGAGACAGGAUUGAAGAUUCAUGAUAUCUUCAAGCAAAUAAUAUUUACCUGAUAUAUGUGUUCUGGAAAGCUGACAGUUUUAUUUCUCUGUAUGUCUCAAAAGGCCAUCAAUAUUGUUUAGAAAACAAAGGAUCUUUCUAGUAAGUUUAUAUGAAAAUAAUGGUGCUUUAAUGAAGUUUGUGCUUUCUAUUUACUUAGAUUAUUUACUCUUGAUUCAUUGUUAUAAAUUUCACAGUUAUUUUAUUCAAGAUAAAAUAAUUAGGGAAAUAAUAUAAUGUAUUUUAAUGCAGUUUAUAUUUUCUAUAUUUUUGAAAGAUAUGUGUAUACAAAUAACUCUACUUAUUAGUAUAUUAAAUUGUAAUCAUCUAUAUAAUACAUUUAUAAGUUCAUAUAAACAUUAUGUGCCUUUUAUUUCUAUCUGUAAACAUUUUUCUCUUGAAAAAAAUAAACUAAAUAAUCAUAUUAAAUUA